AAAGUUAGCUCCCAGAUAGUUGUGAUUGCAGCUGUACGUUUUGGAAAGGUGAUGAAAUGUUGUCAAGAGAAACGGUACGGCAGGCAAAGAAAAUCCUCUAGUUAAUUAGUGUUGCAAGAGAGCAGAGGCAGCCAGUGGUACAAAUGCUUGCUGAUAUACGUUAGUCAGCAAUAGAAAACAUGAAUUAAGUUAGACAUCCUCUAGCUCAGUUACUAGAAGAAGGGUUAGAUGAACAGAUUUCGCACGAAAGGUGAGAAGGGCUUACACUAUACCAUACAGGUAGACAUUCAUCUAUCGCAUUUCAAACACCAGUAACUUCCGUAAACGAGAAUCGGUGUUUGUGCAGUGUCGUAAUUAGUUGAUUCCUUGUGCUGUGGCAAGCCAUCUGUAGUCAAAAGAAUAGCAACUCAACAAUCCAUUCAUAGACAUCCCUUCAAGUCCUGGACUACUUCAGUUCUACUGUACGUUGUGAAGAUGAGGCCACUGCAAGUACAAAUGCUCUUUCUCGCGUCUGUACUCUUCUCUCUGCAAACAACUCCAAGCAUUGCAGCAGAUUUAGACACAGAGCUCAUGAGGGACAUCUGUGCAGGUAACCCGCCGCAUUCAUUGAAACUUUUGUGCAAAUUUCUCUUUGGUGCCCCGUGUCCGGAUGCGUCACAGUUCGAGUUGGGAGAUUGGAGAUACACUGGUAUCAAGUUCAACAGCUCGUACAAUUUAACCGCCGCAAGAGCUUGCCCCGGAAAACAACUUGAAAAGCAAGAAAGAAAAAGGAAUGUGGCGAGUGUACCUACUGAAUGUCUUUCAGUCGUACACGUCGAUGUACAAGUACGAUACCAAUGUCCACUUACUCCAGCAGAAAAGGUUACUGUUGUAGCAAAGGAGGUAUUUGGAAGGUUGGGGCUACCUGCAUCCAAUAGUCCACGUGUACAACCUCUAGCUGGUGCGACAGAGAAGCCGAUGACACCAUCCCCUAGAAGAGCGAAACGACACACGGAGUGCCAAGAUAUGGUCGACCUCGCUAUUCUCAUGGAUUCUUCGGGAAGCAUUAGUAGAAGCGACUUUUCCCAAGCCGUUAGCGACAUGACCACGCUGAUACACUACACUUGCAAUGACUUCUCAUGUAACAAUGGUCCACGAAUCAGACUGGCUAUGGUGACAUUUUCAUCUCAUGCUAUUACUGUGUUCAACUUUAACCGUUCAGCACAAUUUACGACCCUCAGAGAAAUGAUAACGGCCAUCAACGAAACAGGAACAAGAUACAUAGGAGGCGGCACUGCAACAGCAGCGGCUAUAAAGUACGUCAGAGACAACAUUUUUGAUACUAGGUAUGGUAUGAGACCAAGUAGUACUAGAAGGCUUCUUGUGGUAACUGACGGUAAGAGCAACGUUGGGAGAGACCCCGUGGCCAAGGCUGCAAAGUUGCACGCUGCAAAGAAUGUGGACAUUUACGCUCUUGGUAUCGGCAACAAGAUAUCGCAAGACAACAUAAUGGAGCUCCUUAACCUUAGCGACAACACUCGUAAAGAAUACCUCCUCCCAUACCUCGCCUUUAGCUCGACCGUUGAUUUUUCUCAGGGAGUUCAACUCGUUAUCCAAACAAUAUAUAAUCCACUCCAUCCCAAGAUAUGUUCAGUAGAUGUGAAGAAAUGAGCAGUGCACAUGAACACUGAAUGGUUGUUGGUAGAGUCGUAUAUGACGUUGUCGUUGCUGGUUGAAAAUCGUAAUUGUCGCAGUGCGGGUUUCUUUGUAGCGCGUAUAUACGUCGAUCGGAAUAAGACGGAACUCAAACUUCUUGUUUUAUAGCUAAUCAAUUGGUAUGUGGACUA